UGGAGGGGGUGUGGGGGGUUUUUUGGCAGAAUGUCUGGUGAAUCGUGCAAGGACAGGCAGAAUAAUGAAUUUGAAGUACUUAAGUCAAUCUACGGAGAUGAGCUGCGAGACCUGCGUCGCGGAAAGCCGCACCGAAGAUGGCAUCCUCUGGACAUAUCGAUGACGUUGACCCCCCAGCGAGGAAUGUCCGGACCGAUGGAGGUACACGCGCAAAUCGACCUGCACACGAUAUGCAACGAGAAUUACCCGAACCACAUCCCCUCGAUAAAAUUGAAGAACAGCCGAGGUCUCUCUAACCACCAGAUCGCGAUCCUCUCGUCGGAGCUGGAGGCUCUGGCAAAGCGCCUGAAAGGCGAGGUAAUGAUCCUCGACCUGGCACAGCACGUGGAAAAAUUCCUCCAUGAGAACAACAAGCCAGGCUACAGCUCCUUUUACGAGGAGAUGCUGUCACGCCACCAGGAGAAGUCCAAGCAAAUUCAAUCGGAGAUGAAAGAGAAGCAAUUGAAAGAGGACAAAGAGCGACAGCUCCUCCAGGACGAGAUCCUGAAGCGUCAGGAGGCACUGAAGGCAGAGGUGCGAAAUCGUAAGGACACGAAUCAUCGAUCAGACUCGAUUAUCCUCUCCCAAUCGAUACCCUCGUCCCCAGGUGAACGAGUACGCACGUACUCUCGAAGACGUUGUAUGAGUACCUCCGAAUCUUCCGAGAGUAAUUCCCUGUGUGAACACCGUGGCACAAAACUCCUGCACUUUGACAAUAAUCGUGGUGAACGUCAGGUGCACAGAGGCAAGUGCCUGGGGCACAGUCUGAAGGGCUCAGUGGUGUACGCAGGUGUCGACAUGAUCACUGGUGAACUUCUAGCGAUCACCGAGUGGUCCUUAAAGUGUGGUAGCACUGGUAGUCAGGACCCAGACGACACACCCAACGAAACAACUGAUCUCCAGCACUCGAUGAAGCAAAUAGCCAGUAUCGAGCAGGAGCUCAAUCAUCUCCAUCGUCUCCAGCAUAUGAAUCUCGUGAGAUACCUGAACAUGAAGUACCAGCCGAGCAAGGACAACAUUCUUAUUUAUAUCCUGGAGGAGUUCGUGGUGGGUACGACGUGCACUUUUUUCCUCUCUGAGAAUAUACCAGUGGCUGUUGACAUCCUCAGGCACAUAGCUAGUGGAGUUCUCUCAGCUCUCGAGUUCCUCCACACCAACAACAUCGUCCACAGGGAUCUGAGGGACUCCAGCAUUCACAUCGACAGGUGUGGAAUGGUCAAGGUCUCCGAUUAUUCCCUCAACAAGAGAUUGUCUGAUAUCUAUCAGUCGAGCUGUCUAGCCAAGGCUGAACACGAUUUUCCUACGAUUCAAGGUCGUGGUGGUAAGAAAUUAGAUAUCUACAGGUUCGGGAUAAUUUUAUUGUCUCUAUUUAAGGGGACGAUUAUCUCGGAGAAGGAGCAGACGAUCGAGUGGUCGACGAAUUUACCUGGGGAACUUCGUGAUUUUCUUUCGCGAUGUCUGAAUAAUAAUGAGAGAUCCAGGUGGUCUGCUGAGCAGCUUCUGCAGCACAGCUUCAUCAGGACACCUCUGGAGAGGGGUCUUGCCCCUCCGAAAACACCUCGCGGGCACGAGCAGGAGGAGGAGCCCGAGGAGCCCGCCCAGGAUGUCAACAUGUACCUCCCAGCGACUCUCAAUAAUUCUAGGAUUCAAAAUGAGUUUGAGGUACUCAAGUGGCUGGGAAAAGGGGCCUUCGGAGAUGUCAUCAAGGUCAGGAAUAAAUUGGAUGGGGGAAUUUAUGCCAUCAAGAGGAUCCCCUUGGACGCCAAGAAUAAGCAGCUGAAUAAAAAGAUCACGAGGGAAGUGAAAUUACUCUCGAGGCUCAAUCACGAGAAUGUCGUGAGGUACUAUAACUCCUGGAUCGAGUCAGCAAUCCUGGAGGAUGCACUGUCCUCCAGGGACACCACCAGGGAUACCACCAGGGAGACCACCCCAAAUAUCUCUCCCCCAGGUGUCGACCUCCACAGAAUAAUCAACAAAAAUCACGUGAACAAUAUGAAUUUCGAUGCUGACAUCGUCGAGGAGCUGGUGCCACCUAUUCACGAGGUCGAGUGGAGUCUCUCGUACGAGUCAAGGGCAUCAGUAGCCAAGUCAAAUGAUUCCGAGGAAUCCGACACCGAGAGCGAGAGCGACGACGACGAGGGCUGGGGAUUCUUCCUGGGGACAUCCCUCAGUACAGAUUCCUCCGACAGCAUCGAAUUCGAGAAAGACACGACCCAGGAGGGUACGUCCGAUUGUGAGAGUCCCGAGGAUCAUGGCGAGAUGGAGCAAUCGAUCAGGAACGAGACUGAGACUGACUCCUCCAAGGAAAUUCAAUUCAUGUACAUUCAGAUGGAGUUCUGCGAGAAGAGCACCCUGAGGACAGCCAUCGACAAUGGCCUCUUUGAGGACGAGGAGAGGGUGUGGAGGCUCUUUCGAGAGAUCGUCGAGGGAAUAGUACAUAUUCAUCAGCAGGGAAUGAUUCACCGGGAUCUCAAGCCUGUUAAUAUCUUUCUGGAUAGCAACGAUCACGUGAAAAUUGGGGAUUUUGGUCUUGCCACUAUCGAUACAAGGACACCGAGUGAGAGGCGAGUCCAGGUAAUUGAGAAGUCAAUGACCUUCGAGACUGACGAGCCAUCCUCGAUGACUGGAGAGAUUGGCACUGAGCUCUACACAGCCCCUGAGCUCAAUUCCAAAACAGCAAAGGCAAUUUACAAUCAAAAAGUCGAUAUGUACAGCCUUGGGAUCAUCCUCUUCGAGAUGUUCUGCCUGCCCUUGGCGACUGGCAUGGAGAGGGUCAAAGUACUCUCGGACGUGAGGACAAAGGAUAUCGUUCUACCCCACGAUUUCAUGGAGAAUGUCAAGACAAACGUUAUUAAUCUUCUUCGUUGGCUGUUAAAUCAUGAUCCCAGUCAGAGACCCACGUCCCAGGAGUUACUCUCAUCGGAAUAUUUACCACCACCUCAGCUCGAAGAGGCAGAGCUCCAGGAGAUGGUGAGGCACACAUUGUCCAAUAAUCAGAGCAAGGAGUACAAGUACCUGAUUGCCUGCUGCUUCAGUCAGGAAGUAACACCUGCUGAAUACAUAACUUAUGACACCAAUCUUCUACCACCGAAGAACAACUUCUCCCUCAUGAAGACUGAUCUCCUCCGGGAGUACGUUAAAUCGAAAAUCGUUGAGGUAUUCAGGAAACAUGGGGGAAUGAAUGUCACGACACCCCUGCUGAUGCCAAAAUCAGCGAAAUUCCAGUACAACCAGAUGGAGUCAACGGUGAAACUCAUGACGAGGUCUGGAAAUAUCGUGUCAAUACCCUCUGAUCUUCGUGCACCAUUCGCCAGAUAUGCAGCCUGGAACAACAUCCUCCACAUGAGGCGAUACGCCAUCGAGAGGGUCUACCACGAGAAAAAAGUUUACGGUUUUCACCCCCGGGAAUUCUACGAGUGUGCAUUCGACAUUAUCAGUACAUCAGUGGAUUUAAUGGCUGAGGCUGAGCUCAUCUACAUCGUCUGGGAUAUUUUUAAUCAACUGCCAGAGCUCCGAGAGAGAAAUUUCACUGUUAGAAUUAAUCAUACGUCACUGCUCCAGGCUGUCCUCAUGUACUGCGGCAUCGAGCCUGAGAAGUAUCAGGAUAUUUACACGAUUCUUUACGACGCCAGGGAGGGGAAAUUCUCCAAGUUUCAGGUGCAGACCCACCUCAUCAGCUUGUGUUUAACGGAUCAGGCGAUGUCGACCCUAUCGAAUUUAUUCGACACCGAGAGCUCAGUGGCAAAAAUAUCGAGUGUCCUGAAGACCAUCACCAAGAGGAAAGGCACUGAUGCUGCUAUUCUCGCGAGAGAGGGACUCAGGGAAAUUGAGACUGUCGUAUCUAAUGCCGAGGCACUUGGUGUCAGGUGGCAGAUUAUCGUGGCACCUCUCCUGGUGCAUAAGACACAGCAGCAGCACAGUGGAAUUGUUUACCAGAUCACUUGCGACAUGGGGAGAAAAAAGCGACGAGGGGGUCACGAUGUGAUUGCUGCUGGUGGCAGGUAUGACCGGAUGUUGGCGGAGUUUAGGCAGGUGUUGGAGAGGACGGGGCUGGCUAGCAAGGAGUUCAAGCAGCAUGGGGUGGGUAUUAGUGUCUCGUUGGAAAGGCUUGUUCAUGCUGUAGGGGAGAUAUCCCUGGACAACACUGAUGGUCAGCUGAUGGUCAGUAAAUUCGGGGGAAAUGUAUCUGUUGCUGUUUGCUGCAUCGAUGGCUCCAAUAGGCAGGUGGAGAUGGCUGCUGUACUCAGGGAACUCUGGGGACUCGGUCUCGGGGUGACUGCACUCGAUUUUACCACUGCUGAUGAGGUCAUCGAUUACUCCAGGGAGAACUCUAUCAGUCAUGUGGUUAUUCUAAAGGAUGGGGAGAAGGGCAGCCUCAGGGUGCAGACCUGGGAGAGAGACAGGUAUCAGGAGAGAAAAAUAUCGGUUAAUGACGUAGGGGAGUUCUUCCAGAGGCAGAGGAAUGACACAUCGUUGCCGGUGUUGAAUAGAUCUGAGAGCAGGAGUUAUUCAGAAAAUCCUCCGCUCAAUGUUAAUGUUAAUUUUGUAUUGUCUGAGAGAGAUAAACUGUCCGGAAGUGGCAGGAGGAGUUACAAAAAUUCAAUGCUCGCCCAGAUGACGUCCCACCUGCAGAGAAUUGCCAGUAAAGUUCAGAUACAGGUUUUUGGGGUUUUUCUGGAGAUGGGCGUCGUCAGGAGCAUUGGCGGACACCUGGAGGUCGACCAGGGGGAGCAAGACUUUGAGAGGAGUGUGCAAGUGAUUAUUGAAAAGCAUCCGCGAUAUAAGAAAUACAUUCAGCAGAUUUGCAAUGAAAUGUGGGAGACCAGGAACGAGAAGCAGCGGCCUACCCUGGUUAUCUACAGUCUCGUCGAUAAUCGAUACCUAUUUUUAAUUUAAAAUUUAUAUUGCUCUUUUGAGAUAUGAAAGGAAUCUUUAUAGCGAAUAAAAUAUCUAUGUUU